AUGAAUAUAUUUGUGAUAUGGGCUCUUUUCUUAGGGUUAACACUCUCAGCAGAAUCUAUCUCACCCAUUACUGAACUCAAUGAAUUAACUCUGGCGUCUCCAAAUAAGGUCAUUGAAGUCACAAACAGUGACAUCUCGUUUAUCUUCGGUACUAAAGAAAAGGCAGUAGAAAGAGAAUUCUGGACUGUAUUAGCAUUGACUUCUACCCACCCUCUGCAUGGAUGUACUGGCUGUGAAGACUUACAAAAAAUAUAUGGGCGUGUGGCCAAAUCUUGGUUUGCGGAUUAUUUGGACCUUAACAUGUUAUAUUUCGCCAAUAUAGAUGUAGUUGACCCUACUAACAUGCAAUUGUUUGAAGAUUUGGGCUUAACGACGAUACCUCAUGUUUGGUUGAUCCCACCUAAUAAGAAAGAUGACUCUGAAGAUGAUGAUGAAGACGAAGAAGAAGGAACGAAAAAGAUCAAAGGUUUCAAUUUGUUGGAAGAGCCUCGUUUCACCUUCCAAAUUCCUGAUGUUGGUAACGCAGAUCAGGCUCUUGAGUUUGCUAGAUUCCUCACAAAGAACUUACAAAAAUCCAUUCUUAUCCGUCAAGAAGAUCCAGUUGGUUCUUUUAUUCAGACAUUUGGUUUAACUCUUGGUGGUAUUAUCCUUUUUAAGAAGAGAGGGCCAAGAAUUAUCACUAACCUUGGUAAGACAGCUGUAUACAAAGCAAUUGUGAUCACGGCCAUUUUAGCCUUUGUCUGUGGGUACUCAUUCACUACUAUCCAGAGGGUUCCAUUUAUUGCAAAGAAUGACGAUGACGAAGUUAUCUACAUAAGUGGCGGCCAGAGUUAUCAGUUUGGGAUUGAGAUUGUUGUAGUUGGUGCGAACUACCUUGCAUUGGGAAUCAGCUUGGUAAGUAUGAUCUACUUUGGAAGAUAUAAAGUGAGGGCCGGAAGUCUUUUAGAAAAUGAAGCUGCUAAGUCUUUUGUGGUCAUUUCCCACUCAGUUGUACUUUAUUUAUUAUACUCUUGUUUGACAAGUAUUGUAUCGAGGAAAGAUCCAGGCUACCCAUAUCAUUUUACUAAACUUUUUUAA